GAGUAUUACUGGUCUGACUCAAAGGUAGUUUUGGGCUACAUUAACAAUGAUGCACGUCGUUUCCAUACUUUUGUAGCCAACCGAGUCCAAAGGAUUCGACAAAGUACAAGCCCUCAACAAUGGUUUUACGUGCCAUCAGAAGAAAACCCAGCCGAUAGUGCAUCUAGGGGUAAAACUAUCACUGAGCUUCUCUCAUCAAACUGGUUUAGCGGCCCCUCCUUUCUCUGGGAGAGAGACUUGCCCACUACACAAGGUGUAGAGCUCAAUCUGUCUAUUGGCGACCCAGAAGUCAGGAAAACACGAACAUUGUUAACGAAGGUCACAGAGUCAUUCAGUCUUGCAGAACGUUUGUUAAAGUUUUCAUCAUGGCCUAAAGCGGUAAAAGCUGUGGCACGUCUUAUAAGAAGAGCUAAGAAAGAUAAAGCAAACGCACCUGCUAAAGUGAUUGAACAAGAAAAUGCAGUACGCGUCAUCAUACAAGAUGUGCAAAGACAAACAUAUGGAAGGGAAAUAAAAUCAUUGAGCGAAGGUAACCAGCUCCAACAUUGCAACAAUCUGUUCCACCUGAAUAUCUUCAUGGACACUGAUGGUCUUCUCAAGGUGGGAGGGAGACUUUCAUCUCUCAACGACUCCUUCAAACAUCCUGUUAUCAUCCCUAAAGAACAUCAUGUGACAAAGCUCAUAAUAGCCCACUGUCAUGAUAACGUAAAACACCAAGGAAAGGGCUUCACAAUAAAUGAAAUCAGAUCCAGUGGCUACUGGAUACCUGGAAUGAGCAGAACUGUUGCUUCGUUCAUCCGCCAAUGUGUCAUGUGUCGCAAACUGCGCAGAGCUCCGGAAGGUCAGAGAAUGAGUGACCUACCUGUAGAACGCUUAGAGCCUUCUCCGCCCUUCACGUAUUGCGGUAUGGACUGUUUUGGCCCCUUUGUCGUUUCAGAAGGACGAAAACAACAUAAACGAUAUGGACUUUUAUUCACUUGCUUUUGUUCCCGUGCCAUUCACAUCGAGUUGUUAGAAGACUUAUCCACUGAUACAUUUAUUAAUGCUCUAAGGUGUUUCAUUGCCAUCAGAGGUGCGGUCCGCCAAAUCCGAUGUGAUCAAGGAACAAAUUUUGUAGGUGCACACAACGAAUUUAAGACUGCCUUAAAAGAACURGAUAYUCAAAGACUGAGUACUUAUCUGUCCCAAAGGCAGUGCGAUUUUGUGAUGAAUGCGCCUCACUCCAGUCAUGCAGGCGGAGUGUGGGAACGCCAAAUAAAGACAGUCAAAAGUGUAUUAAACACCACUCUGUCGCUCGCACAUGGUAGACUGAAUAAUGCCUCGUUGAGGACUCUGUUCUAUGAAGCUAUGGCCAUAGUCAAUAGUCGUCCCUUGACUGUGGAUAACCUCAACGAUCCAGACAGCUUGGAACCACUUACUCCUAAUCACCUGCUCCACAUGAAAUCCAGCGUAAUACUGCCCCCACCUGGCACCUUUCCAAAGGAGGACCUCUAUGGAUCAAAGAGAUGGCGUCGUGUGCAGUUUUUAGCGGAGCAGUUCUGGUGCAGAUGGAGACGCGAAUAUCUGCACAACAUUAUCGCCAGACAGAAGUGGCACUCACCAAAAAGAAAUCUCAAAGUUGGUGAUGUCGUGUUGGACAUCGAUGAACUGCUGCCAAGAGGUGAAUGGAAACUUGCCAGAGUUCUAGAGUCUGUCAGUGGCAAGGAUGGUCUUGUAAGAAGAGUAAAAAUCUCCUUUGGAGAUAAAAGAUUGAACAGUCAAGGUCAACGCUUCAAUAAACUUUCUAUUGCAGAGCGUCCAGUGCAAAAGUUAAUCCUGAUAUUGGAAGGUACAUAAGUAAAUCACUACAAAUGGUUAUUUCUUGUAAAAAUUACUUGUUGUUGUAGACUGAAACAACUCCUGUAAUUUUGGUGGGAGUGUAAAUAACCACAAGCCAAUCUUGUUGAGAUAAAAACAAUGCUUUUAUUUUGUAAUAUUUUUGUA